AUGCCGUUGCUUAAUAUACGAAGUGCCCUCAAUGGUACCGCUGUAUGCGGAGGCGCGGGCAAGGAAGCGCAAGAGAUGGGCCACGCGAAGAGCUACAAGUGCUCCGAGAUCCCAGAUACGACUAAGAAAUGGGAAAGCCUUCCCCAUGCCACACUUGCCCGCUUCCGCGCCCGCGGCGAGAAACAUGUACGCGACAUUGCCGACCUGAAGGCCAGCGUGAACGACCUCGAUGACCAACUUGCGAACGCGUACACUCUCGGCUUGACAUGUCUUAACGAGCUCACCGAGACCCUCGAGAGGGUGAACAAGAAGCUCGACGCGGCAUACGCUGAGGUUCAGGUCUACUACAUGUCCAUCAUGACCCUUCGAACGGGACGGGACCUGCUGCAAGGGUAUAGUAGCGAGGAGAUGCUGCCAGCGUUCUUUCCAGCUCCUUUGAAUGCGGGUGCGGAUACGGAUGAGAUUGUCGAGACGAUGUGUCGAGAUGAGCCUGUAUGUUUGAUAGUAAUACCAGAAUUAGGGUUCAACGUAAUUGUGGUUUCUACUGAGCAGGUACUUGUCUAUCAUGGUCAUUCAUAA